AUGAUCGACCGAAUAGAACACACGGAAGCGACUUGGGGAAACUUGACCCCUGUCGUCAUUCCUACGCCCCGUGUUGAAGGGCCAGGUAUAUCCCAGUGGUUUAGCAGUGGCUUUGAGAGUAAGCAGGGCUGGGUCAUCGUUCCAGGGAUAAGCCGAGUGGUUUUACCUUGCUCAGUGCAAGAGUAUCAAGUUGGGCAACUUUAUUCUGUGGCAGAAGCUAGCAAAAAUGAAACAGGAGGUGGUGAAGGAAUUCAAGUCUUAAAAAAUGAGCCUUAUGAAAAGGAUGGUGAGAAGGGACAAUAUACGCAUAAAAUCUAUCAUUUAAAGAGUAAAGUUCCUGGUUUUGUACGGAUGUUUGCUCCAGAAGGCUCCCUGGUCUUCCAUGAGAAGGCUUGGAACGCAUAUCCCUACUGUAGAACAAUUGUGACAAAUGAAUAUAUGAAAGAUGACUUCUUCAUAAAAAUUGAGACCUGGCAUAAACCAGAUUUGGGGACAUCAGAGAACGUGCACAAUUUAGAUCCAAACACAUGGAGAAGUGUUGAAGUUGUUCAUAUUGACAUUGCAGAUAGAACUCAAGUAGAACCAGGAGACUACAAAGCUGAUGAAGAUCCUGCGUUAUUCCAGUCGGUUAAGACGAAGAGAGGACCUCUGGGGCCAAAUUGGAAGAAAGAGAUAGCAACUGAUGAAGAGUGUCCUAAAAUGUGUGCUUACAAGUUGGUGACUAUCAAAUUUAAAUGGUGGGGACUGCAAAACAAAGUUGAAAACUUUAUACAGAAGCAAGAAAAAAGGAUAUUUACCAACUUUCAUCGCCAGUUGUUCUGUUGGAUUGACAAGUGGAUUGAUCUGACUAUGGAAGACAUUAGGAGAAUGGAAGAUGAAACCCAAAAGGAGCUGGAAGCGAUGCGUAAGAAGGGUUCCGUUCGAGGCACUUUGGCUGCUGACGCCUAGAGGAGUUCUCUGUAGGUUCUGAGGCAAAUCAAGCUGUUUACGUUAUCAAGGCCAAGUCAGAGGAACAAGUGCUGCCAAUGAUGAAUGAUGAUGGAUUUAGCCGUCACAUGCAGUGUUGAUAUACAAAUGUGUGUGUGGAUGCAUGAUUAUUUGUAUAUAAUUAUAUAUACGCACAUGCAUACUGAAGGGGGUUGUUACAGUGUCUCCAGGGUACUAUACCUGUCCUCAGCAACGAUUCAAAGGAAACUGCUUUCAUUCUGUAUACCUGAAGCAAAUAAAAAUCAACUGAGUAGUGUCAUUUAAAGGAUGAAUUAACUGCAGAAUUAUCCUAACUGAUAUGUUUCAUGAAUGUCAAUACUGGACCAAUUGAUUCCCUACUUGUUUUUUCCCUGUCUUGAGUCACUCUGCUAUAACUUGCCCAUAUCUCAUUGUAAAGAAACAGAUUCAAAUAAGUUAAUUUCGGUUUUGUGUCUUCCCUAUGUGAUUAUUUUUGGAAUAGGAACAAUGAAUGUAUUUAUAGCUAUUUAUUUCUGGAUUGUCAUUAUCCUAUAGUCAAAUCGGGAAAAAAAAAAUUUCUAUUAGUGGAAAUUGGAAGACUUUUACUGCUGAAUAAGUUUAACCCAAACUUUACCCAUUCACUGAUUUAAAAGAAAAAACAUGUUUUAUUGGACUUUUGUACAUUGAAAUGCUAAUGUUUUUUCUUCAUUAAAAUUGGCAAGAUUAAGGAAAAA